GUGGAGUCAUGUCUGCUACAGUCAGAAACGUUACUUUUUCUUCUUUGCGAUAUUAUCGACACAUUCAACGAGGAAUUACGAAACCAUCACAGGCAAGAGCAGCAAGUUCAUCAAGUGAUUCCACAAACAGGAACUGUUUACCUGAAGUUGGAGUAUCCAAGAAAAAUGGUACCAUUGUUUGUUAUCACCCAGAGCCAGUAAUUCCAUAUGAAUACACCUUACCUCUGCCAAGAAAAGAAGAAGAACUAGGAGAGGGAAAUUCAGCAUUGAACAUGCAAGUUCAGCGAAUGGAAAUGCUGAAGUUCAGAGAGGAUGGGCCUACACGUCAAGAAUUAGCCAGUAUGUUCCAUACAACAAAACAUCAGUGGUACCCAAAUACUGCAGACAAGUACAGGAAGCCUAACCCACCAAAGGAUCGAGACGCUAUUUGAUGCAGAGAACAAAAUGACUUUCUUAAUAUUGAAAAUGUUCUAUUGUUGUGAAUAAAAUAAUCAUUAUCUAG